CCAGACAGCAGGCUUCAUGUCGUGGUUCUCGUGCUUGUUGGCCAUCUCUAGUCUUGUCACAAGCGACGGCAGCAGAAACGCCCCGCAGCAACAAGGCCGCGCCCAAUCCAAUCUGCGCUGCGCUGCGAAAGGCCAGAAGAGCACACACAACACAGGUACAGCUAGCGCGCGCGGGCGGUGCGGGGCUGUCUGGCAAUUACGCAGCCUUGGCAGCUUGCACCACCGCGCAAGCUAGCGCUGACGGAGGGAACAAGGGCUUGCGCGCGCACACAGGGAGGGGAGGGGACGCCUGCCGCCGAUCGCCUGGUGGAUCUCCCGGCGGCGGGCGAGGCAGCAGAGAGGGGACCAAUGGCGCCGCCGGACGCGGGUGCGGCAGCAGCGUGCGGCGCGCGGUGGGUGAGGCGGGACACGCUGCUGGGCCUCGCGCUGGGCCAGUUCGUCUCGCUGCUCAUCACCGCCACCGGCUUCGCCUCCUCCGAACUCGCCCGCCGAGGGAUCAACGCGCCCACCUCGCAGUCGCUCCUGAACUACGUCCUCCUCGCCGUGGCCUACGGCGGCGUCCUCCUCUACCGGCGGCAGCCACUCACGAUAAAAUGGUACUACUACUUAAUACUUGGAAUUAUCGACGUGGAAGCCAACUACAUCGUGGUCAAGUCGUACCAGUACACGUCGUUGACGAGCGUGAUGCUGCUGGACUGCUGGUCGAUCCCGUGCGUCAUCCUGCUCACCUGGGUGUUCCUCAAGACCAAGUACGGGGCGAGGAAGUUCCUGGGCGUCGGGGUCUGCGUGCUUGGCCUCAUCCUGGUCGUGUUCUCGGACGUCCACGCCUCCGACCGAGCCAAAGGGCCUAACCCGCUGAAGGGCGACCUGUUCGUGAUCCUUGGUUCGAUGCUCUACGCCUGCAGCAAUGUCACCGAGGAGUUCGUCAUCAAGAAAAGCAACAGGGUGGAGCUGAUGGCGAUGCUGGGGCUUUUCGGAGCGCUUAUCAGCGCCAUACAAAUUAGUGUACUUGAGCGAGAAGAGCUUCACUCCAUUACAUGGACUAGUGGUGCUGUGCUCCCUUUUCUCGGGUUCGCGGUAGCAAUGUUCCUGUUCUACUCGGCUGUGCCAGUAAUAUUGAAGUUAUGCGGCGCGACCAUGCUGAACCUCUCGCUCCUGACCUCGGACAUGUGGGCUGUCCUCAUCCGCAUCUUCGCUUACCAUGAGAAGGUCGACUGGAUCUACUUCGUUGCUUUCGCCGCCACUGCGGGCGGCAUCGUCUUGUACUCGUACAGUGGCUCUAAUGAAGUGGAGGAGACGGCACAGGUGGCCGGGGCCAGCGACGAGCACGGCAAGGGCCGGGACGAGGAGGCUGGGACGCGGAACCCAGCGUGAAGCUCUGGCGCCAGCCAGCAAUGGAGGUGGGUUGCCCCCUGCCAGGCAUCCAGGAGUGACGAGUUGUUGUUGCAUGCCUUGACGGCGAGUGUAGCAGAGAACUUUGUCAAGUGUCGCAGGAGACUGCUUCAAGAUUUGACGACGGAGAUAGUAUUGGUUUUCAUGUAAAACAAGAACAGUUGGUAACAUACCGACACCGAACCGUCGUCAGAAAUGAUUAGAUCUAAGAAUCGAAGAUUUUAC